CGAACCGUGCGCCCGCCCUGCUUUGGCGGGCAGGCGCAUGGCCCGGGCUCGCACGCCUGUCCCGCAGCCACGGCUUCGCCUUUUGGGGCUGCCUAGGCCGGGCCCCUCCGAACCCCCUUCGUGAUUCCGCAGCUGGGUGUCGGGCUGUGGGGCCGAGGCGGGCACUAAGCGCAGCCACCCGGCUGGCGGCUCUGAGGGGAACGGGGGCGGCGCUGAUGCGCCCCCAGAGCCGUUCCCAGCGCUGACCGGCGGGGGUGUGACCGGGGAGGCGUGGCCUGGUUAGGGCACACCCUCGCUCCGCCUUCUCCCGCGCCAGCGGCUCAACUUCGGGCUCGUAUUCAGUCGUCCGUGCUGCUGCUGCUGCCGCCGGCGAGCUCUGCCUCAGCACCGGGAGCUGCGCCCGGGAAUAAUAGGAGGUGAAUCUUGUAUCCUUUCAGCAGCCUUCUGUUCAACUUGGAGCACCACAGUUCAAGCAAUUGAACAGAUGGAUAAUGGAGACUGGGGAUAUAUGAUGACUGAUCCAGUCACACUAAAUGUGGGUGGACACAUGUAUACGACAUCCCUCACGACUCUAACGAGGUAUCCUGACUCAAUGCUUGGGGCCAUGUUCAGGGGAGACUUCCCCACCGCCAGGGACUCUCAGGGCAAUUACUUUAUUGACAGAGAUGGACCACUUUUCCGUUAUGUUCUUAACUUUUUAAGGACCUCAGAGCUCACUUUGCCACUGGACUUCAAGGAGUUUGACCUACUUCGCAAGGAAGCAGACUUCUAUCAGAUCGAACCGCUAAUUCAGUGUCUUAAUGACCCCAAACCCCUGUAUCCUGUGGAUACCUUUGAAGAGGUGGUGGAGCUGUCCAGCACACGGAAGCUUUCCAAGUACUCCAACCCAGUGGCGGUUAUCAUCACGCAGCUCACUAUCACGACUAAAGUCCAUUCGUUGCUGGAAGGCAUUUCAAACCACUUCACAAAGUGGAAUAAGCACAUGAUGGACACCAGGGACUGCCAGGUUUCCUUCACGUUUGGGCCGUGCGAUUACCACCAGGAAGUGUCCCUCAGAGUGCACCUGAUGGAGUACAUCACAAAGCAAGGCUUCACGAUCAGGAAUACCAGAGUCCAUCACAUGAGCGAGCGUGCCAACGAGAACACAGUGGAGCACAACUGGACUUUCUGUAGACUGGCACGGAAAACAGAUGACUGAC